AUGCCCGUCGAAGUCGUCGAACGCGAAGAGGCCGUGGGCGACUAUAUGCCUGGUGGAUACCUGCGUGUGCGGAUUGGAGACCGCUUUGCACACCGUUACCGUAUCGUGCGCAAGCUCGGGUGGGGCCAUUUCAGCACUGUCUGGCUUGCCCACGACAUACAGACCGACUCGCAUGUCGCGCUCAAGUUUGUCAAGUCCGCACCCCGUUACUCUCAAACAGCCGCAGACGAGGUCGCAUUACUUCAGCACAUAGUCGACGCUCGCGACGAAGCCCACCCUGGCCGAGAUCGCCUCGUGACGUUUCUCGACUCGUUUACACAUACCAACGCGCGGACCGCACAGGUCCACCAUUGUAUAGCAUUCGAACCGCUGGGAAUGAAUCUCCUUCAGUUGUUACAGCAGCCCGAUUACAAACAUCACGGGGUCCCCGUACCGUUUGUCAAACAAAUCACACGCCAGGUUUUGCACGGCUCGACUACCUCCAUAGAUUACCCCGCACUAGACCUCAAACCCGAAAACAUCCUACUCCGCAUUGCCCCCGACCACAUUGAGAAUCACAUUCGUGCUGAACUCGCAUCCAGCCCUCCCGCCGUGGAACAUUCGAUCCCCAUCUCCGCCUCCUCCCGCAGCAGUUCAUACUACUCUCACCGCCGACAGAACGUGUACAUUGUUGGCUCCCAGCCUCUUUCAAGUCCUAGCCCGAGCUGGUCCGGAUCUGCCAGCAGCAAGCCGAGUCUGUCAGCCAGUCACGCCCAGUUUGAACAACUUGCCCUUCGAAUGUCUAAGCUAGUGACCGAGGAAGAUGAGCGCCAGACGAGCGCCAACUCGAGCUGUGCUGCUUCAGCUAUUUUCAGCUUGACGAGCACAAGCGCUGCGGGGUCUGGUUGGACGAGUGAGACCGAGGCUGACGAUUGUCCUACGUCAGCUGUUGUCCCAGCACCCGUCAUUGCUGAGCAACCUGGAGAAGAUUCGGAUACGCCCAGGCUGUCCAUAGUCGAUGGUCCUUCAAUGUUGACCAAGACUGCGCCCGUACCCAUCUCGACCCAAUCAGAGGCCAAGCCUACGGCGACAGAAGACCAAGUGUCGAUCAAGAUUGCCGAUUUGGGCAAUGCAACAAGAAUUGGGCGGCAUGUUACAGAUGAUAUCCAGACGCGACAGUAUCGCUCUCCGGAAGUUAUCCUUCGCAAGCGAUGGGGUCCUGCAGUGGAUAUUUUUUCGCUGGGAUGUGUUGUGUUUGAGCUCCUGACUGGUGAUUUCCUCUUUGAGCCCAAGGCGCGUGAGCCUUUGUGGUCAAGAGACGACGAUCAUAUCUGUCAGAUGCACGAAGCACUUGGUCCGUUUACACAUGCUGCAGCAUUUGGGGGGCAAUUCUCCCGAGCUAUCUUCCGGUCCGAUUGUACUCUACGAAACGUGCCGGCCCGGAAGAUUAAUAUGUGGCCGCUUGAUUCUGUCCUGAAGGACAAGUACGAGAUGAACAAGGACCGAGUCGCCGAAAUAAGCGAGUUCUUGCGACCGCUUUUGGCACUUGAUCCGGCUGAGAGGGCUGAUGCGCUCGAUGCUGCUCAACAUCCCUGGCUUUGGUCCUAG